CAAAAAUAAAUUAUCCUAGAAAAUAUUUUCUUAAAUUCGAAUAACGCCUUCACAGUGAUAAUCAUAAAUUUCUAUUGGAGACUAUCAAUUUCUGAUUUUCAGGAUAUUUAUAGAUAUUUAUAGUAAAUGUACAUUAUAACAUAAAUACAAAAUUCAAACUUUAUUUUCAUGUUGCAUAUAAUCUUUUUUUUAAUAAUUUCUCUCUUAAUAAUUAAAUUCUUUUUCUUGUGUAAUGUCCCUUCACUUUCGAAACUUCAGGGGAAAAAUGUCAUAAUAACAGGUGCUAGUACGGGAAUUGGUGAGGAAAUGGCAUACAUAUGUGCCAAAAAUGGAGCUAAUAUUGUAAUAGCAUCUCGUAGAACAGAUCUUUUGGAAAAAGUUGCGUCUAAAUGCAAAAACAUAUCACCAAAUCGACUGAUAAAGGUUAUUACAUGUGAUCUUAAACAUGAAAAAGAUUGUGAAAAAUUAAUCAAUUUAUCAGUUGAAUUCUUUAAUGAAAUUGACAAUAAACCUGAAAUAGAUAUGUUAAUAUUAAAUCAUGCAAUGUCGUUAUUUGAACAUAUGGAUUUUAAUAAUCCAAAAUUGAUGAUCGAAAAACUUAGAGAUAUAACGAUGUCAAAUUUAAUUGGCUUUGCUACAUUGUCUCAUUUAACUAUACCAUAUAUGAUUUCUAAUAGUAGCAAAAGAGAAUUUAAAUCAAUAAUUGUACUAUCCUCACUAAUGUCCACAAUUUCAUUGGGAAUGUCAUGGGCAUAUUCCACUUCAAAAGCAGCAAUUAAUUCAUAUUUCUCUUCAUUAAAUGAAGAAUUAGAAUAUCAAGAAUUCCAAAAUCAAAUCAAGAUUACUUUAUGUCAUUUAGGAUCAAUUAAUACUAUUACAAUGAGAAGUCAUACUGAUAAAUAUUUUCCAAAAUUAUUAGUUGAUUAUAUAGCUUUGAAUGCUGAAGUAACUGCAAAAAUUAUCUUACAGAGUGGAUUAAAUGGGCAAAAAGAACUGUGGUAUCCUAGUUAUGGUAUUUUACUUAGAUAUGCUUAUGGAAUUUUUCCGGGGAUUAUGAGAAAAAUAGGUUUUUGUAUUCAAAAAUAUCUCAUAAAAAAGUAGAAUUAUUAUGAUUCAAUAAUUUCAAAAUUUGUUGAAACUUUUUUCAAUAAAUGCUCUCCAUACACAACCGGCUCAUGAUGUUUUACCGGAUCAAUUUGUAAACAUGCUUCAAGUGGUUCGAUUUUGGCAUCGUAAUUUGGCUCAUAAAAGAACGGAACACUUAAAUUUUAAAAGAAAUAUGAGAAAAUUGUUUUAACGUAAUAAAGCAUUAUAGAAAGAUAAAAUACUUACGAUAC